AUGACCGUCUGGGUGAGCUUGGCCUGCGUUGGGGUGUCGCCGUCGCUGAUUGUUGUGGAGACUGAGCACAGGAACCCGGAAGGGAGGACCUACUGGUUCAACACAACGACACGCGAGAGUGUCUGGGAAAAGCCAGACGACCUCAAGACCCCCUUCGAGCGCGCACUCAACGAAACAAAAUGGAAGGAAUACUUCUCUGGCGGCCGCAAAUACUACUACAACACCGAGAGCAAAGAGUCCAAAUGGGACAUGCCAGACGAGCUGCUGCUCCUCCUCGAAAAGGUAGAGAAAGAGGGCAAGCCUAGCCCCGCUGCUGCCACCAACGCCCCCGCCCGCAUCACCGCCCCAGAAGACCCCGCCCCCGACCAGCCCAACGGCACCGAGACCGCAGUCGGCCCACACACAGGCGGCCUCCCCUUCGCCUCCGCCAGCAUCCUCCCCGCGCGCCCAAACCUCCCCGACGACCCCGUCAUCCCCCACAACGGCUUCGCCACCGUCGAGGAAGGGGAAAAGGCUUUCACCCACCUGCUGCGCAAGGGCGGCGUCGACGCCGGCUGGACCUGGGACCAGACGAUGCGCGCCAUUAUUACUGAUCCGCUCUACAAGGCCCUUAAUACCCUCGCAGAAAGGAAGGCGUGCUGGCAGAAGUACACCGAAGGCCUCAAAGCAAAGGAGCACGAGGAGCGCGAGGCCCGCCUCGCCAAGCUGCGCCCCGCCCUCCGCAACAUGCUCAAGGGCAACCCGAACGUCUUCCACUACACCACCUUCGCCACCGCCGACCGCCUCUUCGCCCAGCACCCCAUCUGGCAGCAGGCCCGCGUCGAGGCCGAGCGCCGCCUCGUCUUCGAGGAGUACGUCGCAGAGCUCAAGCAGCGCGAGGUGCAAGAAGCCCGCGCCGCGCGCUCCCGGGGCAUCGCCAAGGUCGUCACGCUCUUCAAGCAGCUCGGCGUCGACGUCGUCACGCGCUGGCGCCACGCACACGCGCUCCUCGCCGCCUCCCGCGAGUGGGCGGACGACGCGGAGCUGCAGGCGUUGCCGACGCUCGACGUCCUGCUGGCGUUCGAGGACUACAGCCGCGUCAGGGAGCGCGAGUACGAGGAGACGGAGAGGCGGAGGCAGGUCGAGAAGGCGCGCAGGGAGCGGAAGGCGCGGGAGGGGUUCCGGGCCCUCCUCGCCGAGCUCACCGCCGCGGGGCACAUCCGCGCGCGCACAAAGUGGAAGGCGGUGUACCCACGCUUCCGCGACGAUCCGCGGUACGCGGCGCUGCUGGGGACGCCUGGGUCGAACCCGCUCGAGCUGUUCUGGGACGCGGUGGACCGCCUGGAUGUGGCGCUGGAUGAAAGGAUGGGGGUCGUGGAGGGGGUCGUGGGGGCGUACCUGAAAAGGGGUGCUGAAGGGGAUACUAUGGAUGCGGAGGAGGGGAAGGAGGGGGAGAAAAAGGAGGGGGAGGAGGCAAAGGAGGCAAAGCCGUUCGUGACGCCCGACACGACGGAGGAGGAGUUCAGGCGCGUCGUCGCCGAGGCGCAGGCGUGGGCGGAGGCUCAGGCUGCUACUCAAUCCCAGGUUGAUCCCGCACCUCGCGCUGAGGGCAUGAACGAGGAUAACAAUGAAGAGGGUGUGGGCGAGGAGAAAGGUUUGGUGAAGGCGUUGAAAGAGCUGAAAGAGAUGGGCGAGGACGAUCUGCGCCUGAUUUGGGAGACUCUGCACGAGCAGGCCCUGAAGCGCCAGGCGGACGAGAAGCGGCGCGCGGAAAGGAGGCAGCGCCACCUGCAGGACGACCUGCGCUACGCGCUGAAGAAGCUCCCCGGCGGCGUCGAUGUGGGCAUGAGCUACGAGGAGGUCGUCCCGCUGAUCGAGAACCUGCCCGAGUACAAGGCGAUCGAGGACGAGGAGAGCCGCCGCGCGGCGUUUGCGAAGUUCGUGAAGCGGCAGAAGGAACGCCUCCGGGAAGCCUCGGACGAUGGGGCAUCGACGACCAGUCGGAAGCGGAAGGAGCCGCACCGCGAGCGCGGUGAUCGUGGUGAUCGCGCCGAACGAGAGGGCGACCGCGAACGCGAGCGUGAUGGAGGGAGGGAACGAGAGAGGGAUAGGGAGUGGGACAAAGGCGGCGACAGAGAACGGGAGAGAGAUAGGGACGGGGGAAGAGAGAGGGAGAGGGAGGGGGGAAGAGACGGGGGGCGGGAGGGAGGAAAAGAGCGGGAGCGCGGGGGGCGGCAUCAUCGGUACGACGAGUUUGAGGGGCACCGGGCGUCGCGGGACUAUGGGCGGGAGAGGGAGUAUCCCCGCGAGCGCGAGCGCGACGGCGAGAGGGAGAAGGAUGCGGAUCGGAAGGAGAGGGAGGGGUACCGCUCGAAGCAUGGGGCGCAUUAUCGUGAUCGGGAUGAGAAGGAUGAGAGGGACGGGAGGGACGGGAGGAAGAGGAAGUCGUCGAGGACGAGGGAGAGGGAGUGGGACGCGAGCCCUGUGAGUAUGGGGAAGGGGCGCGAGGGGAGAGACGGGAGGGAGGGGCGGGAGAGGGAGCGGGAGCGGAGCGUGUCGUACCAUAGGGACGAACAUAAAGAGAAGAGGGACGGGGACGACCAUAUGGGGGACGAGAGGGCGGAGAAGAGAGUCCGAUACGACGAUAAACCGGAUGAGGCUAAUGCGAGCGCUAAUGCGAAUGCGAAUGCGAUGGAGGUCGACGAGAAGCCGGCCGCGGUGGUGGAGAGGGCCGAGUCGCCUGAGGAGGGGGAGAUCUGA